UCACAGGUGCAAGUAAAACGCUCCCCCAGCCCUUACCUGAACCUCGUAAACCCUUUGAACUCUCUCACCACCACCAACAUAUAGAUACACUAAAUCUGUAUCUACACACAAUUGUAGAUAGAGAAACCUAGAAUGGCCAACCAGUUACCGGAUGACUUCAAAUGUCCGAUUUCGCUAGAGAUAAUGUCCGACCCGGUUAUACUCUCGUCGGGUCACACCUUUGAUCGGGUCUCAAUUCAACGGUGGUUGGACUCCGGCCACCGCACCUGUCCGGUUAGUAAACUGCCGUUGCCGGAACCGCCUACGCUAAUUCCUAACCAUGCCUUAAGGAGCCUCAUUUCCAAUUAUACCCUUGUUUCGUUGCCUAAACCCCAGCCUUGCUCUUCCGAACCGAAAAAUCUUAUACAAACCCUUGUUUCUUCUCUGUCUCCUUUGGACGCCAAGCUGAAUUCGCUUGACCAGCUGAGCCGGAUGUCUAAGCGAGACUCUGGGAUUCGCCGGAGGCUGACUGAGUCGGGGGCUGUGUCGGCUGUGUUGGUCUGUGUCAACUCGAGCGAGUCAGGGCUCCAGGAGAAGGCCUUGCACCUGCUGCUGAACCUCAGCUUAGAUGAUGACAACAAGGUGGGAUUGGUGGCGGAGGGCGUCAUCGGAAAGGUGGUAUCCGCCUUACGAUGCGGGGAUGGAGACUCGCGGGCGGUGGCGGCCACGGUUCUGACGAGCCUGGCGGUGGUGGAGGUCAAUAAGGUCACUAUUGGGUCUGAUCCGGAUGCCAUUCCUGGCUUGCUAGCUCUCCUUUGCACAGGAAAUUCAAGAGAAAGGAAAGAAGCGGCCACGGCUUUAUUCACUCUCUGCUCAUUCCCUGACAACCGGGUUCGGGCUGUACAGAACAACGCCGUUCCGAUAUUAAUCCAGAAUGCUAAUUCAGGCCUGGAGCGUGCGGUAGAAGUUUUGGGUCUAUUGGCAAAAUGCAGAUUGGCCCGAGAAGAAAUUAUGAGAUUUGACAGGUUUUUGGAUAUCUUGAUUGAGGUUUUGAGAAAUGGGAGUACAAGGGGUGUGCAAUAUGCCCUAUUGACUUUGAGUUCUUUGUGUAGUUAUAGUGAAAAGAUGUGUUUGGAGGCUCUAAAAUUAGGGGCGUUUGAGAUAUGUGUUGGUUUACUGAAGGAUGAUAAUGAGAAGGUGAGAAGGAAUGCAAAAACUUUCAUUCAGGUUUUGCAAGGAAGAAAAAAAAUUGCGUGAUCUUAUCGAUGUUUCGAUGUUUUAUGGUGCGUUUAACUAAAGUGAGAGAUGUCUGCAAUGUGUCCAGAUAGUCCAAUGUCUCAAUAAUUAGCUCUUGGUCCUUCGGUCGAAAAGGAAAGUCGACGAAGGCCUGUAACUAUUCCCUAGUGAUGAUUGUAUCUCACCAUAAAUUUCCAAUUUGUCGCGAGAAAUAUCUUUUGGAGGUGACUUGGGUUUUUGUUCUUUGGUGUCAGUUGAUAAUGCUUCUGUACAAGGAAGCAUAGAGGAGAAAUGUUGGUCCUUUAUUGUACAUUGUCUAAUAAUCAUACUAUACAUAUGAAGACCUAGUCUCUCUGUUUUGGCUAUUGUAUUAGGGAAUUGAAAUUUGUUCGUCUUUGCUGAGUAGUUCUAUGUGGAACUCACCAUAUGAUUUGAUUGUCAAUAUCUAUGCAUACACAAUUUCCUGUUGGUGCAGGUGUUCAUGCA